AUGUUGGGUCCCCCGGCUAGGGUGCUGGACCUGGUGCCCCCGGUUUUUUCCUCCCCUUGGACCUACACCCGGCAUCGGGACAACUCGCGCUUCGGAGAACUCGCUCGCGCAAUUUCCAGGGCGGUGCUGCCCUGGGUCUUCCAGCAGGUGGACCAGCUGGGCCGUGCAGAGCUGCGAUUGCUGAAGCUCCUGGUGGAGUCGGCCAUGCACCGCUGGAUGUACACCAACAUGCGCAUGAUCGGGGCUGGGCAGUUUGGCACGGUGAUGCAGAGCAGCGUCUCCGUGGGCUGCCAGUCCCAGCCGCAGGUUGCCAUCAAGCAAAUCCCGCAGCAGAAGAACAUCCAGGAUCACUGUGUCUUUGUGGACGUUUUCACCGAGAUCAGUUGCUUGGACACCGUCCGCUUCGAGGACCAUCUUUGCCACAUCUACGACUUCGGGGUGGAGGAGUCGUGCUACUGGAUCGUCAUGAAGUACUACACCACGACCCUGAAGAAGUGGCGCGCGUCCCUCGGGCAGAUGAAGGACCACCUCCCAGUGCUCCUGGCGGUUUUCAAGCAGGUGCUGAAGGGCUUGGCGGUGCUACACCAGCACGAUAUCAUCCACUACGAUCUGAAGUGCGACAACAUCAUGGUGGAAGUGACCCCCAGGUCGGCCUGGUCUCCGCAAAGCACUGCAGCUUCUCCGAGCGAGGAUUCAGGGCUGGAGGUGCCGAAAGUGGCCCUGGGAGACUUUGGGGAGUCCCGGAUCAUGGAGAACUCCCAAGAGCUCGACAUGCGGAACCGCGGCACCGAGAUCAUCAAGGGGCCUGAGAUGUUGGAGCUGGAGGUCGUGAGCCGACGAGACUCCAAGGUGCACGACCGGCGCAAGCGGGUGGGCACCAACAAGGCCGCGGACAUUUGGUCGCUGGGCUGUCUCUUCUUUGAGCUUCUCACUGGGCGCUUCCUCUUCCAGGAUUACGACAUCGCCUCCCACUGGGCGUGUGCCACUGGCAAGUCCGGCGACGUGAUCAACGAGGAGAAUGAGCAACGCCUGGACAAGAACCCGCUGCUCUUGGAGUACUUGAGGUUCUUGCUGGUGCGGGACGCGGACCGGAGGCCCACCAUCCAGAUGGCCAGCAAGAAGUUCGAAAUGGCCGCGGCGGUGCUGGGCCAGAGCAUUGCCAAGCCUGGCUCGCCGCAAGCGGAGCAGUCGGACACGCCGCGCAGCAUCGCGCCAAGCCUGGGCAGCAACAGCUCCGCGGGGGCACGCCUGCGGCAGACCUUCCCGCCGGACCGGCCCCUGACCUGUGCGGUGGAAGAUGGGCAGAGCUACUUUGCCAAGGUUCUUUCCAACUUGUGCAUCCUUGAAGUGAGCGACGAGGAGCUCCUCAACGGUCUGGGCGUUCCUGUCAAGUGUUUGGACCGGUUUGACCUCGCCAUCUUCGCCGCGUACAUCUCCAUCCCGCUGCAGCUGAUCUUCGUGGCCACGCGCAAAGUCACCGCCAUCGACUUCAGGAAGAUCACAGGGAACAUGACCACGGACGAGCUGGCGGUGAGCCGCACCCUAAUUCUGGCCUUCGCCCUGUUCAUCCUCUUCUGCGGCUUCGGCCAUGGCAUUAAGGCCUACAAGGCCUUGACCAACACCAGCGAGGCGAUUGAAGCGCUGGAGGUGCCGGUGCACGUGGCGACGGCGCUGGUCAGCGUGGGCACCUCCCUCCUGUUGGCCAUCUCCCUGCCUAAAAUCAUGUUCUUCUGCAACAGCAUAGAGAUCCACCGGAAAGGCUAUCUGAAGGUGAUGAUGGAGGAUGGCCAAGAGUUGAAGUCGGACCAGGCGGAACAGCUCAAGACCAGCGAGCGCGAGCUUCGUUCCAAGCUCGUGGUCAUGGAAAAGCGUUUCAAGAAGCUGCAUGAUGAAGUGCAAAGCGGCAGCGUGGAUCCGCUCCGAGCUGGAUAUGCAAAGGAGUUGAGUGUGGACCUGCAGCAGUUGGAAGAAGGCUUGGAAGGCAUCCAUCGCAAGACCGAGGAACUCGCCCAGGAGCUGAAGCCGUUGCCCAACCUCUUGGGUAAAAGCCAAGGUCAACGGCAAGUUCUCUCGGUUGCGCAGCUGCUGCAGCUGAUUGCCGCGGUCUAUGUCUUGCAGAAGGCCCGGCCAAAAUGGGGAUCCAACCCGGACGGCACCUGGGGAGACUUCCAUAUACUGCUGAAGCGCAUCCUCAAGAAGGGGCAGUCCAAGGACUUGGUGAUCCCCCUUGGAAGCUGGAUGGAGAUUUGCACCUGGUGCGCCUCCUUAUCAAGCAAGCAGCUCAUUGCCAUCUUGCAGACGGUCCUGGAGUUCUCUAGCGCGCCAGAGCCCGAGCAAGUCGUGAAGCUGGCCGAACAGCUGGAUGUGGUGGAAGAGUCGGCUGAUGGAAAUCAAACUCAGCCCAGAGAGGCGCUCUAG